UUUUAGGCCAGUUUAUAAUAUUCUCUGUAUAGUUCCAUUUCUCCAUUUUCCAAUACUGUUAUAAAAAGAAAAGAAAUUGUAGAUAGAGAAAUGGAUAAUGACAACUUAAAUACUUAAUUUUUUUCGAUUAAAAAAACUUACUCUUUCCUUCCUAACUACGAACAUUACAUAUAUCGGCCACGGUGACACAGUGGAAACCAAAACCAGAAGAGGGAAGAAGAAAAACAGAGGAGACGAAAUUUCUGUAUUUUUUCGGUGCACAAUUAAAACCCUUCUGCCCAACCAGUCCAGCGCCUUCAAUGCUCUCCUUACUCUCUCAUCUCUAUCUCCUCAAUAAACCCAUAAAAUAAAUUAAUUGCAAUCUUUCCCCCAUUCCAUUCCAGUCCAUUCUCCUUCCCACCACCAUAUCUCUCCAUUCUCCAAUAACCAACGCCUUCCCCUCUUUCCAAUAGGUGUGAGUGGGUGGAAGAAGAAGAAGAAGCAGAAGUGCUGAGCUUUUGUAUUAGUCAAAACUCUCGGCCAAUCUUUCUCCCCUAUAUAUAGAUUUAUAUUCCAUAGCUACCCAACAAAUUCCACAGAUGGCAGAGAUCUCAGGCUCCAACGGCAGCGCCACCAACCACGUCGUCGUUCUCGACGUCAAGCAAGAUCAUCAUCCGCCGGCGCGUUCCUCUUCCAUAUUGUCCUUCUCCGUUCCCUUCGUCCAGAAGUUGGUGGCAGAGUUGUUGGGGACAUACUUCUUGAUCUUCGCCGGCUGUUCGGCGGUGGCCUCGAAUCUGAACUACGAUAAAGUGGUGACGCUUCCUGGGAUUUCGAUUGUCUGGGGACUGGCGGUGAUGGUGUUGGUUUACUCCGUCGGACACAUCUCCGGCGCCCAUUUUAACCCCGCCGUUACUCUCGCCUUCGCCACUUGCAAGCGCUUCCCAUGGAAACAAGUACCCCAAAUUUUCUUUUCUUUUUUCCCAUCUUCACAAUGCCAAGUAGCCGGAUCCACCCUUGCCGCCGGGACAAUCCGGCUGAUCUUCCCCGGACACCAGGAUCACUUCACCGGGACUCUGCCGGCGGGACCCGACAUGCAAUCGUUCGUCGUCGAGUUCAUCAUUACCUUCUACCUCAUGUUCGUCAUCUCCGGCGUUGCCACUGACAACAGAGCCAUUGGUGAACUAGCCGGGCUUGCAGUUGGAUCAACCGUGCUGCUUAAUGUGAUGUUCGCAGGGCCGAUAUCAGGGGCGUCGAUGAACCCGGCGAGAAGUUUGGGGCCGGCGAUCGUGUCGCAUCAGUACAGAGGGAUAUGGAUAUAUAUGGUGGCGCCGACGUUGGGAGCCCAGGGCGGCGCGUGGGUUUACAACUUCGUCAGGUACACCGACAAGCCGUUGAGAGAGAUCACCAAGAGUGCUUCUUUCCUCAAGAGCACCGGCCGGUCGUGAUGCGCUUUUAAUCUACCAGAUCUGAAAUCUGAUUCAUAGAUGAUAACGUUAAAGAGGAAGAAGGCCAUUUGUACUUGGGAAAUGGAGGAUGGGAAGAAGAAACAUCUCUUUUUUGUACAUCUUUGGUUCCAUAUGUGGCUUGAUUGAGAUUUGAGAGGGUGUUUUGAUUUGCCAAUUGGGUCCUUUUGUCUAAGUAGCUAGCAGCAGUACAGGCUAGAUCAGUAAAGUUUAUAACAAAGAACAGAUGAAUUAGCACAAAGGCUAGCCUUCAUGUAUCCUCUUCCCAAGAGGUCGCGACCAUAAUCUUCUCAUCCUGUUGACAUUUCGUGUUUCUCGUUGAUCAAAUAAUCAAUCGUUUCAUUUCAAUUUCUACGACUAC